AUGGCUUCACGAGAGGAGACACAAGCUCAGCCCUUUGCAGACAACUUUGAUGAAGAUGAAGCUGAACAGUCUUUCCUGUUGUCCAAGCCCACUUGCUUAAUUAUACUUGGAAAGCCAGGUUCUGGAAAGAAAACCUUAGCUAGAAAACUAGCACAAGAAUGGAAAUGGAUUUUCAUAGAAGCUUCAGAAGUAAUUCAAACCAAUAUUAAAGAAGAAACAGAAUAUGGGCUUAAGUGUCAAGAAUUGCUUCUUCAAGGUCAAAGUAUUUCUGAAGAACUGGUCACAGAAAUGAUUCUGAAAAAGCUUGAGUCACCAGAAGUUGCUCAUUUUGGUUAUAUUCUCAGUGGAUUUCCUUCUCUCUCAGAGGAAUACAUGACUAUUCCACAGCAAAUAGAGAAAAUAAAAAACCUAAAGUUAAAACCAGAUUUCCUGAUUAACAUUAAGUGUCCAGACUAUGACUUAUGCCAAAGAAUAUCAGGACAAAGGCAACACCCUGUUACAGGGCAGGUAUACCAAAGAGACCAGUGGGAUCCUGACUUUAUUGAAAAGCAUAAGAAAAAGAAAGGUCAGGAUGAAGAAGAGAAUGAAGAAGAAGAGGAAGAAGAAGAAGAAGAAGAGGAAGAAGAGGAAGAAGAGACUGCAGAAGACCCACUCAAGAUGCUGGGAUCUUUGCAUCAAUUAGUGCAGAGACCUGAAGAUAUUCUUGAAAAUGCAGAGGAAAGAGUUGAAACAUACAAGGACAGAAUGCUUCAUCCUUUAGAAGUCUGGAUGGCUGAGCAGGAUCGUGAAUAUCUCAUUGAACUGGAUGGAAAUCAGCAACUGGAUGAUCUCUUUUCAUCACUGGUAACUCAGCUUCAAUCUCUGGGGGUUCGAAGUGGGGCUCCUGUCACUGUACUUCAAAAUGAAGAAGAGGAAAUGCUGGAGGGACUGGAAAAUGAUGAACUUUUCCGGGUUCUGUCAUCUUGCAAACUAAUAGCACCCAGGUAUCGGUGGCGGAGAAGCAGGUGGGGGGUGGCGUGUCCUGUGGCUCUGAAGGCAGGUGAUAUUGUCAUGGGAAACCCAGACAUGGCUGUCAGUUUUCUAGGUAGGAUGUACCUCCUGUCAUCCCCAGAGGCAAUGAAAGCAUUUCUGUUGAAUCCACGGCCUUACUUGUUGUCACCAAUGCCAGUUCCUCCUUGUAAAGUGCUGGUGUUUGGUCCCCCCUUCUCUGGAAGAACAACCAUUUGUAACCUAAUUGCACAGAAAUAUAAAGGAGAGGUUCUUGAUAUGGCCAAACUCAUUCAAUCUCACAUGGAAGAAUUAAGAGAAAAGAACAUUGAGAGAGUGCAAAGGGAUGCAGCAGAAAAGGCCUUAACAGCAGUGAAAAAUGGGUUGGAAUUGGAAAAACAGUCAAAGAAAUCAGGAGACUUGCAAGAAGAUGACAGUGUCAGUGUCAGAGAAUCAGACGAUUCUGAAGACCCCACGAAAACCAGAGGAGGAACAGAUUUGGAAGAGGAAAGUACUGUAGAAUCUACCAUCACCCAAAAAGAGAGAUUAUUAGAGACAACUGCUGACCACCCAGAAGUACAAGGAGCCUCAGAAGAAGCCACGAAAAGUGCAUCAGUCUCUGGAGCGAUACUGUCACCUCAGCUCUGUGCAGAAGUCCUGGAGAGAGCUAUUGCAAAGCUUAUGAAGAAGAACAAAGACAGGUUUCCUGGUGCUCCAGAAAAAGGAGGAUGGGUGGUGGAUAAUUACCCUCUCUCAGUAGAUCACUGGUCAGCUUUAACAGAAAAAGGACUUUCACCAGACACUGUUGUCUGUCUGAAGGACACAGAGAAUGAUGGAGUCUAUACAUUACACAGAACAUACUUAGCAAAUGGAGGUAAAAUUAAUUCUCAGAUUUUGGGAAGACUAAGCCAUGAAGCAUUAGAAGAGAAAGCAGAAGAAGAUAAAAAAGAACAAAAACAAGAAGAAAAAGAAAGAGAAGAAAUGCAAGAAAUACCAACAGCAGAGGAAGAUCAGUCUCCAGAGACUGCUGAGAGGAAAGAAUCUGAGGACAACAAUGAGCAGCUUCCACCUGAAACUGAGCAAAUGUCCCAGAAACAGUCCAGUGACUCUACAGCUAAUGGAGAGGAAUCUAAAUCUACAGAAACCAUGCUACGUGAGUUUGCAGAGGAUGAUUUACAAGAUCUACCAGAAAUGGAAGCAAUUAAAAAGAAGAUUGAGGCUUUCUUGGAAGACUGGGAAACAGUGGAGUCAGAAAUCAAGAUGUCAUCUCAAAUUCAAGUUGUUGUUUUAGAGAUUGCUGAGCAAACUCCAGAAAGUCUGCUUAACCAAAUUGUGCUGGCGAUGGAAAAACCUUUUCAAUACUAUGGUUGGGAACUAUCUGAUGAAGACCUGAAUGAGGAAGCAGAAGACCUGGCUGCUGAAGCAGAAGAUAAAGAAGAGGAAAAUGAAGAAGAAGAGGAAGAAGAAGAAGAAGAAGAUGAAGAAAAAACUCGGGAGAAGAAAAGGCAGAUGGGAGACACAAAACACUUUUGUCCAGUCAGUCUGAAAGAGAACUUCGUCCUCUACCCAGGCCUCCUUGAAUAUGCAGCUAAAUAUCGAGAGAAGAUUUAUUACUUUUCAACUUUUGAGUGCAGAGAGCAAUUCCUGGAGAACCCUGAGGACUAUGUGGCUCACAAGGAACCAAUACAAGCUCCUCCUUUACGGGUGUUCUUCCUUGGGACACACGGAGCAGGUAAAACGACUUGUGCACGAAGGAUAGCAGAGAAAUUAGGCAUUUUCCAUAUUCAGUUUGAAGAAUAUCUACAGCAACUGAUCUUACCCAAAACGAAAAAGAAAGUUGGGCCCCAUCUUGAUGAAGAAUCUGAAGCAGAUGACUAUAAAAUGGAAAUUCUAGCAGAGGAACUGGAAGACUUCCCUCAGACCGUGACUGAAGCUGAGUUAGAAGAAAGUGAACAGGAGGUGGAAUUAACUGCUGAGGAAGAAGCAAUCAAAGCAAAUCUGAUGUAUAAUGAGGCACUGCCUGCAGAAGUCCUUGAUAACAUUGUCCCUGACUGGUGGAGGAAAGAGCCAUUCCGGUCCACAGGAUUUAUACUGGAUGGUUUCCCUCGUACUUUAGAUGAAGUCAUGUACUUGUUAGAACAUGGGCUGUGCCCUGAUGUUGUGGUUUACCUCCAAGUAGAAGAAAGUGACGUUCUUGACCGUCUCGUUCCUCCACGUCUGAAAAAAUGGCAAGAAAGACGAAAUAAAAAAAUGGAACAUAAAAAGAAACUGAAAGACCUGAAAGCAAAAAUAAGGGAAGAGAAGAUGGCUAGAAGAAGGGAAGAACUUUUAGCAGAACAAAAGCAAAAGCAACAGGAGGAUUUAGAAAAUGAGGAGCAUGGUGAGGCCUCUGAGGAAGGAGAUGGGAAUGAAAAUGAAGAUAUUGAAGCUAUACUUGCAGAAGAGUUUUUUGAAGAAGAAGAAGAAGAGGCUGAAGAAGAACAAGAGAUUGAUGCUAUUGAACGCAUGCAAAAUGAAACUUCAGAAAAGUAUGACUCAGAAAGAGACAGUUUAGAAUCUGUGCAGGAAGAACUGGAAAAAUGGCUCAUACCACAAAUUGAGAUCAAUGGAGGAAGGAAGCCUCACAUUGUCUGCUACCAAGUGUAUAAGAAGCUGGGUCCUCUGGUGGAAACUCGUGGAAGCAUUUUUGAGAAAUGCUACCCAAUAAGUUUGCCAGUUGCACAGAAGUUGCUUCUUUUCUCAUAUAAAUUUCUCAGUUCCUUUGGUCGGUGGGAUCCAGUCAAGCUAAGUGAAGGAGAGGUAAUCAAGCCCCAGCACAGCCAUGAAAACACAGUCUUCCCUGUAAUCCAUCGACAAUAUAUUUACUUCUUUUCAAGUAAAGGAAAUGCAGAAACAUUUAUGAAAAAUCCCAUCAAAUACAUUCGUCAGCCAAAACCUAAACCAGCUGUGCCAGUUAAAAUUGCAAUUGUGGGACCUCCAAAAUCUGGAAAAACUACAGUUGCCAAGAAGUUUGCGAGUGUGUACGGGCUCCUGCGCCUGAGCGUGGGAGAUGCCAUCCGGCUGGUGCUGAGCAGCCAGGCAGGCACUGAGCUGGCUCUCAGGCUGCAGCAGCAUCUCCACAAAGGACUGACUGUGCCUGAUGAACUGGCCAUCCAGGCUCUAGAUGUGGCUCUGAUGAACCACGUGUGUAAUACCACUGGAGUUGUAUUUGAUGGAUAUCCUGUAACAAGAAAACAAGUGAACCUCUUGGAAUCAGCCAGAAUAAUUCCAGUGAAAAUCUUUGAAUUAGAUAUGGAUGCAAAGGAAGUGUUCAGAAGAGCACUGCUGGAUAAGGAAACCACAGACAGACCUCCCUACCCUCCACACGACAGCUCCCAGAUUCUAGCUAUUAAAAAUUCCUGCUAUAAACAGCAAGUUGAAGCAAUCAGGACUUACUACAUGGAGGAGCAUCAGAACUGGUGUGUGAUCGAUGCCUUUCGGAGCAAGUGGUGGAUGUGGAACAAAGUACAGCAGGAAGUUCAAAAGGUCAUUAAAAAAAUCCAGAUAUACCUGGAGAGAAUAAGAGAAGGGAAAGCAGCUGGCAUUGCUGAUUUAUGUAUCACUCCCCGAGAGCUGGAGCAGAGGCUGGGGGAGUUUGGCCACUACUGUCCUGUCAGCCUUGCAGAAAAGGGUGAACUGGUUGACUGCUCCACAACCUUGUCUCUGCAGUUUGCUGCAGAAUUCCGAGGACAUUAUUACAAAAUGGCUUCCCAGGCAGAAAUGGAUAAAUUCCUGAGCAGACCAGAGGUUUAUGUACCACCACUGGCACCUCACCCUCUCCCACCCACAGACAUGCUACCAAAGAAACUGACUGAAGAGGAAGUGAAGGCCUUACUCCCUGAAAGUGUUGAAAUGAAAGGAUACUGUCCAGUCACUUACCUAGAUGGAAAACUGAGAUAUGAAGCCUUGGUGACUGGCAACACUAAGUAUGCAGCAAAAUAUCAAGAGAAGAUAUAUAUUUUUGAAAGUGAAGAAAAACUCCUGAAGUUCAUGAGGUUACCAGAGAAGUACUGGAACCUGAAGCUUCCACAUAAACUCCCUCCACCAAAGGAGCCAAAGCUGCUCACUGCACUUCCCAUGCUUGGGUACCUGGAACAGGGAGUAGCAACUGCUCUGAUAAAAGCUCUGACAGAAGUUGGCUGCUUGAAGCCCAAGUAUCCAUUCCUAAGUGUAAGAAAAACUGCUCUGCUCUUUGUGGCCUGGCACUUAAAAGCGCACAACCCGCGGAGCCCGCAGCCGCUGCAGCACCGGUACCGGAGGGCGCUGGCGCGGUUCGUGGAGCACUGCCAGCUCCUGCCCUACCUGGGGGCGGCCAUGGCGGGCCCCUACCUGGACCCGCGCCACAGACCCCCGCGCCUGGCCCGCAGCCUGCAGACCUUCCUCUCCCUGAAGGGGGCCAGCCCGGGCCUGGCCUAG